CAGCCUCACUCUCGACCUUUGCGCGCGCUCAGAUGGAUCCUUUCGAAGUUCGGAUGCUUUUUUUGGAGCUCCUGAGAAAACUUAACGCUUCUCAGCAGUCAAUAUCUAAAGUUCGGAACUUCGCUAUGAAAUAUUUCUCAUCGUGCGGCGAAGAUCUAUGGGACUGUAUUGUGGAGCAAUGCGAAAGGGGCACCAUUAACUCCCGAAUCAACAUCCUGCAUUUCCUCGAUUCCCUCUCCGAAACAUGUCUGCUUGUCAAGUCGCAUUCCAAUCUGACCGGUUCUAUGCCCGGGAAUAAUCUCUAUAUGGACUAUCUCAGUCGAGAUAUAAGCAAGAUCGUGGAAUGCGUUGUGCCUGUCGGACGCGAGGGGUUGCCCAAUCUUACGAGUGCGAAGCAGAUCCUCGAAAACUGGCGAAACAAGAGGAUUGUCGAUCCCCAAACAGUGGAUGACGUUCUUAAUAUGCUUGACCAGCGACCUCCACCAUCAGAGCAUCGCAAAUCGUCUCAUUCCUCUCUCGACGACACGGAAAAAUUCAGGCGUAUAGAGGAGGAUCGGGAACGGCACAAGCGUCUUCGAGAGCGACGGUGGGUGCAACCGGUGUCACAUCGCUCCGCUGCACAAAUUGGUCUGUUGUCAUUCCUGCCCCUGUCGAGCGAGAAUGACGAGGAUGUGUUGGCUGUGGACGUCGAGUUUGAAAACGAUUGGGAAACCACGAGUGAUUGGAACGAAGAUGACGACGAAGCCGCCGCAGACGAGAGCGAACUGUGUUUUCCAGCAGAGGGCGAGGGCCCGAUGGACCUUUCUUAGCUUAUGCGCAUUGUACAACGAUCAUUCUAUCUGUAUCUCUACAUCACAUCCACUCGUAUCCGGGGUUUCCUACAAUGUGUUUGCCCUGCUUUGACACGCUAUGAGAUCACAGCCACCGAAUCGGUGACAUCUUGCUCUCCGACACCCAUUGACACCCAGAGUCCACCACCAGUUUCCGAUCGCUCAAAUGUCUCGGCCAAUGAACGACGAUGAAGUCCUCAACGAGAUGAACAAGAUGGUCGCGUUCAUUCGUCAGGAAGCCAUGGAAAAGGCUCGUGAGAUUCGAGUGAAGGCUGAUGAGGAAUUUGCAAUUGAGAAGGCCAAGCUGGUCAAGCAAGAGCAGCAGGCUAUUGACACCCAAUAUGAGAAGAAACGCAAGGAUGCAGAGGUCGCCCAGAAGAUUGCACAAUCCACACUGACAAACCGCUCCCGUCUCAAGCUCUUGCAGCAGCGCGAAGAGCAUCUGCAGGAUCUCUUAUCUGGUGCUAGGGAUGCCGUCGCAGCUCUCGCCAAGGACAACUCUCGCUACGUGCAAUUCCUGGAAGGCGAUAUCGUCCAGAGCUUCCUCCGAGUCUACGAACCGGCUGCCACUGUCCACGUCCGUCGAGGCGAUGUGGAUAUUGGUGAACAGGCCGCGGCCGCUGCUGCCAAGACCUACACCGAACUGAGUGGACGUGAGAUCAAGUAUACGGUCGAGGGUAGCUUGGCGGACGAUAGCGCCGGUGGUGUCAAGGUCGUCAGUGGUUCCAAGCGUAUCACACUCGACAACACACUGGACGAGCGUCUGCGGCUGCUGGAGGACCGGAUGCUCCCGGAGAUCCGUCAUGACCUCUUCGGUGCCAACCCUAACCGUAAAUUCUACACAUAAACUGUAUGCGUGAUCGCCCACAAAUGCUCGAAUCACGGACAGCUUGCCCGCUCAUACCUUCACCCACAUUAUUUACCGCGUAGAGAAGUAAUACAUGCCUGUCCCAAUAACCUCGCGUGUGAUAAUCAAUGUGCAAUCUUUG